AUGGGAUUUGGCUUCCACAGGCCCUACGCUCAAGGUCCAUACCAGCAGGGGCCCGGCCAGCCUGCCUUUGGUGUAGAUCCUAAUGAUUCUAUGGACAGCCCUGGAUACCACGGUGGAGAUGGACCCCCUUCUUACUAUGGCAAUGAUGAGUUUGUGAACUCUGGCUGGGAAGAUAAGAGUAUCCGACAGGCCUUCAUUAGAAAGGUGUUUAUGGUCUUGACCGUGCAGCUGUUGGUCACCUUCUCUUUUGUUGCCGUUUUCACCUUUGCAACUGACGUCAAAGUGUUUGUACGGAGAAAUCAGUGGACAUACUAUGUCUCCUACGCUGUCUUCUUUGUUUCACUGAUCGUUCUCAGCUGCUGUGGAGAGUUUCGCCGCAAACACCCAUGGAACCUGGUGGCACUGUCCAUCCUGACCCUGAGUCUGUCCUAUAUGGUUGGAAUGGUCGCCAGCUACUAUGAUACAGAUGCAGUUAUCAUGGCAGUGGGCAUCACUGCGGUGGUCUGCUUCACAGUUGUGCUUUUCUCAUUGCAGAGCAAAUAUGACUUCACUUCCUGCUGGGGUGUUCUUUUUGUCUGUCUGAUUGUCCUUCUCCUGGCCUCUUUCCUCUGCAUCUUCAUCCAAAACAAAAUUCUCCACAUCGUCUACGCCUCGCUCGGGGCCCUGCUGUUCACUUGUUUCCUGGCUGUGGACACCCAGCUUCUCCUGGGCAACAAGAAGAUGGCCAUUAGCCCAGAGGAGUACGUCUAUGCAGCUCUUAACCUCUACACCGACAUCAUCAACAUCUUCCUUUACAUCCUGGCCAUCGUGGGUCGCACCAGGGAAUGAGUACGCCCCCUUCCUGUAAGAAGAGGAAAGUGCAGUCCACUUUACACGGAAUUAUGUACCACCUCACACAUUUCUUCACCUUUCCUCAUAUUCUUAAUUUAUUUGUCUUUCACAUUCCCUGUAUGUCAACAUGUACAGGCUGAUCAAGCCAUAAGCUCUUUGUCCUUUUCUGGGCAAAAUUAGAAAUCAGAAAAUUAUUUAAGAACCCGUUUGAAUGUAGUUCCUCUACAUUGCUCACUCUGUCCUUGUUAAAACCGCUUCUGGUUCUGGAGAUGUAUAACAUGAUAUGACUCAACAGCUGCAUCCAAACGGCAUGGCAGAAAUUUCACUCGACUAACUUUUGCACCUUUGCUCUCUGGUUGAUCGAGAGGCAGAAAGAAAGAGCAGAUAUCAGUGAGCGGAGAUUUGUUUGUCAGAGUAACGAAUAUUACUGAUGCUAAUGUGCUCCACUAGUCAAAAAAUAAAGUCUCUGCAUGAUAGUCUAACACAGCGAAGAAUGUCAGACAGACAUGGAUACUUCUCCAAACAUUUGCAUAUAUA